AUGUCGACAUCAAUCAUUUCCUCAUUAGCAUUUGCUGGAAAACAAGUGACAAUCUAUGGUGGAAUACUCGUAUUUAUUGCUGGUAUAGUAGGUGAAUUUUUUAAUAUAGUUAUAUUUGUUAGUCUGCGAACAAUGCGACAAAAUUCAUGUACCAUCUACUUAAUUAUUAUGUCCAUUGUCAAUAUAUUUCAAUUAUGUUUUAAUGUAUUAUCACGUAUUAUGAUUAAUGUAUAUGGAAGUGAUGGAACUGAUCGUUCAUUGAUAUAUUGCAAAUUUCGUUUUUUCUUUUCUCAAUUUUGUACAGUAUUUUCUUUAACAUGUUUUUGUUUAGCAACAAUCGAUCAAUAUUGUGCUACAUGUUCUCGUGUAUGGUUACGGCAAAUGGCUAAUAUAAAAGUAGCUCGACGUUUAUCCGUUAUAUUUAUGUCUAUUUGGCUUUUACAUGGCAUUCCAUAUUUUUUCUUUUUCAAUUAUAGUGUAUCGCUUACUGGUAAAAUCAGUUGUAUUGCGACAAAUUAUAUCUAUUUACAAUAUAGAGCUUAUGUUGUUGUUCUUAUUUUUCAAGGGUUUCUUCCUAUUACUAUUACAGUUUUAUUUGGAUCAAUGUCUUAUUAUAAUGUACGACAACUAGCUUUCUAUACAGUACCACUUGUACGAAGAGAAUUAGACAAGCAAUUAACAGCAAUGGUUUUAGUACAAGUUCUUAUAAAUUUCUUCGUUCUUUCACCAUAUAGUAUUGCGAAUGCUCUAACAUUGAAUACAAACUUAAAUAGUGAUCCCAUUAUUCAAGCACAAAUUCAGUUGGCUAAUAACAUAACUCUUAUCCUUUACUACACUCAUUUAGCAGUAAGUGUCACUUAA